CCCGAUGCGGAAUAAACAGUAAAACCCUCUCGCGUCGGCGGCUUUACAGAUGUGUACUGAGCUGGAGGACGGUUGUUUUGUCGUGCCUCAGAUGAAUAUUUGAUCAGAUGAAGUAACGAUGAGUUCAGUCCAGAAUCUGAGAGAGUUGAUCAACGAGCGACUAACUGCUGCUGCUGAAGAAAUAUUCACGGAGUUUGAGAAAACCAUCGUCCAGUACGAGGAGGAGAUCGAUCGUCAGCGCAGACUGCUGGAUAACAUCUGGAAACCACAAACAACACAACACACAGCAGAUUUCCUACAGCAACAUGUGUCUGCAGAUGAGGUCAUCUCUGAGCACCACUGCUGUAACUCCAUUCUAGACCAAGAAAACUCAGAACAUCCACAGAUUAAACAGGAACAAGAGGAACUGUGCAGUCUGGAUGGACAGCAGCUUGUACUAAAUCAGGAAACUCAUAUCUUAAUGCUGAUUCAGUGCAAGUCCAAAUGUGAAGAAUUCUCUGAAGAAAUAUUCAGAGUCUUUGAAAAAACAAUUAACCAGUACGAGGAAGAGAUUUAUCGUCAGCGCAGACUGCUGGAUAACAUCUGGAAACCCAGAACUACGUUACACACAACAGACCUUUUACAGCAACAUGUCUGUCAGAAAGAGGGGGUUCUCGCUGAGCAGCAGCUCGAUAACCAGGAGAAGAAUUCCAGUCUGGAUGAGGAGAACCCAGAGCCACCACAGAUUAAAGUGGAACAGAAGGAACUUUGCACCAGUCUGGAUGGAGAUGUCCUUGUAGUGAAGCUGGAGACUGAUACCUAUACAGUGACUUCUGCUUACGAGGACAGUGACCACAGUGAACCAGAACCAAUCAGUGACCGGCUUCUCUUUCACCAUUCACCUGUAGCUGAGAGCUCAGAUCAGGAAGUAGACUCGGGCUCAACGAAAAAUGCAGAACUGAUGCCAAACAGCAGUCACAGUACCAACUUAAACUAUUCUUCCAUGACAGGAAAUCGAUGCGAUACUGAGGCAGAGAAAAAGUCUGUAAAAUGUGAUUUUUGCGACAAGCCUUUUAAAGAUAAGUACCAACUGAAGAAACAUUACAGAAUCCACACAGGUGAGAAACCAUAUCUCUGUAAAAUAUGUGGAGAAAGUUUUGGUUAUAGUAAAUCUCUAAAAGCCCACAUGACAAUUCACACAGGUGAGAAGCCGUAUGCUUGUGAAACAUGUGGUAAACAUUUUAGUCUAAGUUGUAAUUUGUCACGCCACAUGAGAACUCACACAGGUGAGAAGCCGUAUUCUUGCAAAACUUGUGGGAAAAAUUUCAGUCAGAGUGGUAACUUGUUGCACCACAUGAGAACUCACACAGGUGAGAAGCCUUAUUCUUGUGAAAUAUGUGAGAAAAAAUUCAGUCAGCAUGGUCUUUUGUCGGUCCACAUGACAACUCACACAGGUGAGAAGCCGUUUGCUUGUGAAACAUGUGGGAAAAGUUUCAGUCUAAGUUCUAAUUUAUCUCGCCACAUGAGAACGCACACAGGUGAGAAACCGUAUUCUUGCCAAACUUGUGGGAAAAGUUUCAGUCAGAGUGGUAAUUUGUUUCACCACAUGAGAGUUCACACAGGUGAGAAGCCAUAUUCUUGUGAAAUAUGUGAGAAAAGUUUUAGCGAAAGUGGUAAUUUGACUGCGCACAUGAGAACUCACACAGGUGAGAAGCCUCAUUCUUGUGAAACAUGUGGCAAAACUUUCAUUAAACAUGGCCAUUUAUUACGUCACAUGAGAACCCACACAGGAGAGACGCCAUACAACUGUAUCACCUGUGGGGAAAGAUUUAAAUAUGUGUCAACGCUGAAAAGUCACAUGAGAUCUCAUACAGAUGAGACACUGUAGUCCUGAAACAUUUGCCAGAACAAAGCUUGAUCAAACAUGAAUUCAUUCAAGUUAGAAGUCGAUCUUGCAGAUUUCAACCUGAGAUGGUUCUAAUAAAUUGUGGUUUCCAUUUGUGUCAGACUGCAGAAUCAAUUCGAGGUUGCGUGGUGACUCUUAUAGAAGCACAUUGUAUUUGCAAAAGAAACACAACUAAAAUUGUCUUGUACAUACAAGAAAAGACCUAAUGAUGUUAUAUUCAUUAUCAAUCUCUGCUGUAGUUGAGAGGAGGCGAUGCUUCUACCUUAUUUAAUGUAUUGAACAUGAGUUUGAACAUCCAUCUACACACGUG